AACCCCGAAACCUGGAAAUGUUUUUUUUUAGGUGGACCUGCAUUUAGUUACAGAUAUUCAUGGCACAGUAGCUUAUUUCAACUCUUAUAUUACAAAAAGGGAAAUAAAUAUACAAGGAUUAACGUUAAAACAUUCCUGCAUUUUUUCACUCCUCAGAUAUGAUCUUCAAUCGUCGCUGGGUGACAUAUUCACAAAAUUUGAUUUUGUUUGCCAUUGUCGUUCUUGCGUGGAGUUACAUUUUAUAUGCUGGUGUGCUCAAUGCUCAAGUUAUUCUUCAAAAUCGAUAAAUAUCUAAGUAAGAAGAAUGUAUCACCAGGGACAUUCAGAUGAUCCAAAGACUGGUGGUUUUACAUAUAUAAAAGAUGUGAGACCAGGAAUGAAAAGUUUGAAAAUGAAGAUCAUGGUUUUACAGGUCAACAACCCAUACAAAACAAAAGAUGGAAAUGAAGUGAGGUCCUGUAAAGUUGCAGAUAAAACUGGCAGUAUUAAUAUUUCUAUUUGGGGAGAAGAUGGGAACUAUGUUCAACCAGGGGAUAUAUUACAACUAACCAGGGGCUAUGGAACUUUAUUCAAAGGUUGCCUUACAUUGUAUAUGGGUAAAGGUGGUACACUCAUAAAAACUGGUGAAUUUUGUAUGUUAUUUAAUGAAGUACCAGAUCUGAGUGAACCAAAUCCUGAAUGGAUUCAGCAAGCAAAAGACAAAGUUAAUCAAGGACCCACAGAUCCAAGACUUGGAGGGAAACCUGCAAAGCAUGGAAAGACUUGACAUGUAGUCUAUAGCAUUGAGCGCCAGUACGAAAGCAUUAAGCAUGGUAAAUGCGGAAGGGUCAAACAGGACAGCUUAGUAAAAACUGUGUUUGAAAAAAACAUCCACAAUUACUAUAUAGUUAGUUGCCUUUUAUUUAUUACUUUUAUAUGUCACAUAUCUGAUUCAUCAUGUAGUCUUUUGUUGACUGCAGAACUUCAUACAACUUGCAUUAAUGGCCUCUCUCUUCCAUGGUUGUCAGUUAA